GACACGAAAUUCAGUCGAAUCGAAACCAAGCACCGUAAUCGCAAACAUUAUUAUCAAAAUGUGUCAUAUAUUUCUCAAGUGCUUAUAGUCGUGUGCCGGAAAUUUUUGUGAUAUUAUUUCGAAAAAAAGAGCCACUUUGAUUCAUCAACUUAUCAUUUGUUUGCGAAUAAUUACAAUAAACCGUUAAUGCGGCAAGUGAAACAGCUGUGAUUUUGUAUGUGUGCGGCGCGCGCAUUCGCAUGUGUACGAACCAACUGUCAAAUGGCAAGCAUAGAAUAGAAUAAAAGAACAAGAGCAUACGGGUGAAGCAAAGAGAGAGAGAGAGAGAGAGAGAGGAAAAAAAGACAGAAGAAAUAAAUAAACACCGACUCGCGAAGAAUCAAAACGAAAAAUACAGUGUAUAAAAACAAUAAGAAUGAACGAAAAGUCCCACACUCGCGACAACAAAAGGCAACUUUACGCAUAAAAUCAGUACGUCAAUUUCAAUUGCAAUUUUUGCUAAUCUGUGUGUCUGUGUACAAAAUUGUUAGUUGCAAUAGCAACGAGAGAACCUGUGAUUAAAACAGAGCACUAGGAGAGAGAUAGGAAUAGGCAUACACCGCUAAUCGUUGCCGUCGCUGCUGCCACCGUCAUCGCCGAAUACAAGCCGUAGGCAUUGUGCAAAAUAGAAAAAAAAAACAAACGUACAAUUCCAUGGUAUUUGGUGUGUGAGCGCGCUUGCCUCACGUAUAGAAGGGAAUUAUCACAUACGAGAAUACGGAAAAAGAAAAUAAACCAACUAACGAAACAAAUACACUGUGUGUUUGAGAAAAUCUGUUCGCAAUAUGUCUUGAAAAGCGGUUCGAAAACGUCGCGCGCUGUUUGUGCUAUUUUUAAAUGUGAAAUUCUUGCCGUAGUUGAAACAUCGUAGACGUGGUCUUCGUUCGUUGGUUCUCAUUUUUUUUUCGGUGCAAUCAAAAGUGUCUAAAUUCGACAGAGAGAGAGAGAAAGAACGGCACAUAAAAAAAGCAACUCAUACAUAAAAUGAAUGUUCACUAAAUAAUUUUUACACAAUGAUCCGGCCCAACAGUCGAGUGUGAGACGUGUUCUAACUCCUGCGUUCAUUUGCUCGUUCGUUCGUUCUGUGCUAAUUCCAAUUCGAAUUGAUUUCAUCGAAACGAAAAUUCCAAUAACUUUUGAUUUAAUUAAAAGCCAAAAUAGUGUUGUGUUUUGUGUGUUUGCACAGUGCCAUAGCGUAUAGAAUCCGAAUAGACCGAAUAUAACUAGAGAAAUCAAAGUUAAUUAAAAAAAGAAAAGAAAUAAAGAUAAACGUGAGCGUACUGACAGAGCGCGGAGGUGUUAAAAUUAAAUAACCACACAAAGUCGAAACGGCAAAGAAAAUGGGCAAAAAGAAACCAACAACAUCGUCGGCAAUUACUACGGCCCGUGUGCCAGUACAACAGCAUGCAGUGCGCGAGAAUGUAUCGAAAAAGUUAUCACAGCAAAAGCGCAACGAAAUUAAUCAAUUGGCUGAUUAUCUGUUGAAAUUGGGAUUUGAUGCAACGGUAACACUCAACGAACUCUGGUCACAGUACGUGGAAAUCGAAGCGAAUCUACAGCGGCUGCAAGCGAUUGAAUCGGAAUUAAAGACAAAAUCGCAUAGUGGUAAAAAUCGAUUGGCAACCAUUGAUCGAUUUUAUGAAUGGGCCAAGAGUAAUGGGGCACAAUUUGAUGGCGUUCGCAUUCAACAAUUUCCACAUUAUGAACUUGGUUUGGUGGCAACCAAAGAUUUUCAACGCGGCGAACAAUUUGCCAAAAUUCCAAAGAAGAUGAUUUUAUCGUUGGACAAUUUGAGUGAAGCGGCUGCCACGGUAUUGGAUCAGGUGCCGGUGCUCGACACAAUGCCAAAUGUUAAAUUGGCAUUCGCAUUAGCCAUUGAACGAUUGAAUGGAAACGCAAGUUUCUGGAAGCCAUAUAUUGAUUUGUUGCCCGAACGUUAUUCAACGGUCAUGUAUUUUACAACAAAUGAAAUGAAUGAACUGAAAGGAUCGAGUGCAUUUGUUUCGGCACUGAAUCAAUCGAAACACAUUGCUCGACAAUACGCAUUCAUACGCAAAGCCAUACAAAAUCUCAAAUCCGAGCAACCCGAUUCCAUGCUGGCCAUUCUCAAGGAACGUUUUACUUACGAUUUAUACUGCUGGGCCGUUUCGACAGUGAUGACCCGUCAAAACCGGAUCAUGACCCAGCAAAAUGCCAUUCCGUCGGAAACGAAUAAUAACAACACCGAAGACACGGCGAAAGGUGAAAAUGGAACCAACGAUACUAAGGAAGAAAGUGUUGAAACGCCGGCGUUAAUUCCACUCUGGGAUCUGGCCAAUCACGAAGAUGGUGUUGUAACCACAUCUUACAAUAUCACCGACGGCCAAAUCGAAGGAGCUAUUCAAAGCGAUACCAAAAAAGACGAACAGAUUUUCAUUCACUACGGAAAUCGAAGUAAUGCCAAUUUGCUCGUUCACAAUGGUUUUGUUGUUGAAAACAAUCAAUGGGAUAGUGUGGUGAUUCGUUUGGGACUGAGCCAAUCUGAUCCGUUAGUGAAGCAGCGUUCGCAAUUGUUGGACAGCAUUGGAAUUACGAAAAAUAGCGAAAUCACAGUAUUACCAGCACCAAAGUGUAUAUCACCCGAAUUGCUAGCAUUUGUACGUAUUUUCAAUAUGAACGAAGAACAAUUGAAUCACUGGUUGGCUCCAGAAAAGGUGGCUGGCGAUUUACUUUACCUGGACUGUGCACUCGACACAACGCUCGAAAUUAAAACAUGGAACUUUUUGAAGAUGCGAUUACAAUUGCUGCUCAAAGCAUUCCCAACCACUUUGGACGAUGACGCCAAUAUGCUGGAACAGCAUCAAAAGAAAGGACAACAAAAAUUGGGCCACAUCAAAAUGAUGAUCAUUCAGUAUCGUAUCAUGGAAAAACGCAUUUUACGCGACGCAUUGACGUACAUUGAAGAGCGUUCCAAGCCAUAAAGCAUCACAAUUUCAUUCUUUGAAUACACAAAUCUAUCUCCAGCAAUCACCUGAACCUUUUCACACACUUUUUUUUUAAAUGGAAUUGCAACACACCGAAAUUCUAAUCUUAUUUUGACAAACAAUUCCUUUUUUGUUUUCUUUUUUGUUUGAGUGGCUUUUUUUAUUUAUGAAUAGAUGCUAAAAUUUAUAUCUAAACCUUUCCUCACUAAUAAUAAGAAGCAACAUAUUACCUUUUGCAUCACUAAAUCCACAUAUUAAUUUUUGGAUAAAAUGAAAAUUCAGCUUGAAUUAACUCUACUAAAUCAAAAGUAUCUGUUGUUGUUUUGCAAUAAAACGAAAUUCAAUUUUUUCUUUCAAACAGUUCUAUGGAAUCGAAAUUACGUGAUUUUGAUCAAUUGAAAUCUAUCUGAAUAAAUGUAAUUUGUUCAUGACA